AUGUGGCCACCACCAUGUGGAGACCAGAUCAACGGUGGUGACAUUGCAGUGUUUGCCUCACGGGUUGGCCAUGGCCUGUGUUGGCACCCUCACUGUUUCGUGUGCUGUGUGUGUUCUGAGUUAUUGGUAGAUCUCAUCUACUUCUACCUGGAUGGCAAGAUCUACUGUGGCCGCCACCAUGCUGAACGACUCAAGCCACGUUGCUCAGCAUGUGAUGAGAUUAUCUUUGCAGAUGAGUGCACAGAAGCAGAGGGGCAGCACUGGCACAUGAUACAUUUCUGCUGUUAUGAGUGUGAGGCCCCACUAGGAGGUCAGCGUUACAUCAUGCGUGAGGGACAUCCUCACUGCUGCAACUGCUUUGAGUCACUUUAUGCAGAAUACUGUGAAUCUUGUGGAGAGCACAUAGGUAUAGACCAAGGUCAGAUGGCAUAUGAAGGUCAACACUGGCAUGCCACUGAAGAGUGCUUCAGCUGUGCUCAUUGCAAUCAGUCUUUGCUGGGUCGUCCCUUCCUGCCGAAACAAGGUUUGAUCUACUGUUCCCGUCUCUGCAGCCAAGGGGAUGAACCUGAGUUGUCAGACUCUUCGGAUUCUGCUUUCCAGAGUGCCCGUUCCUGUCAGUCACGCCACAGUACUCAGAUUGGCAAGGAUGGAACAAAAGGCAAAGGUGUACGACAAACAUCAUCUGGCCCUACACCAUUGGUUGGUGAUGCAGAGCCUCUAGCUGUUCAAAUGGAUUUGCUGAGCAUCUCCAACCCAGCUCCCAGCCGUACACCCCACCGCACACCGACGAGAACCCCAAGUAGAACCCCAAGUCGGUCUCCAAGUCUGAACCGUGAGCAGUCAGUUUGGGUAAACAGGGAUAAGCCUUAUUCCUACGAGUCUCAACAAAGAGAUUCCUCCACAUCUUCAAAUCCCCAUCAGCUACGAAGCCAAUGUAGCAUGCGUAGCGCUUACCCUCCUUCUCCCAAUCAGCCACCAAAGAUAGUGAGCAGUCCAGAAUCUUGGUCAAAAGAACAACCUGGGGGUAAUUCCAAAAAGCCUCCAGUCAUGGCUACUCUGAGGGGCCACUCUUUCAAUGAUAAUUGGAUGCACCAUGGCCAGGAACCUGAAUUUCAUGCUCCUAAGCUCAAAACACAAAUGAGCUUCAAUGAAGUACCAAGCCGUAAUUCUGGAUUUUUGGACAAACGCAGUGUAAGCAUGCAAGGCUUUCCCCGAGAGAUGCGUCCUCCAUUGCUGAGGAGCAGGCACCAAUUUGGGCCAAGCUUUGGUGAACUUACGCCACUAGAACAAACACCAAGAGGUUCUGCUGACUCACUGGCGCUUCCCUACACUACAGCAGGAAACUCUUUAGAUGGGACCAACAGGCGUCAGGAGCACUUCUCUCGAUUUUCUAUGCCUGACCUGAGUAAAGACUCUGGGGUAAAUGUGUCUGAUAAAGGCACCAUGGGUACAUUAAACUCAUCAAUGCAGUUCCGCAGCACUGAAUCCCUGAGCUCUGUCCCAAGACCUCUUGCUGAAAUUGGCAUGCCUGUCAGAGUAAGGUACCCUCCUUCACUAUACUGGGAUUCACCUAGAGGUUUAAGUUUUGAGGAUCCAGUCAAAGGUCGCAUUGGUCUUGCAGGAAGCAUGUCAUGUAUGCAGGAAGGUAAUGCCCAAGCAAUGACACCACGGCCAAGACGCACUCAGACACAAGACUCACCUAGACAGCAGCGCCAACGUCAACGUCACCACCGCAAAGGCCACAAAGGUCACAAACAUCACUACCGCUCCCGCCGCUCUCGGUCAGACAAUGCCCUGCAUUUAGCCACAGACAAUCAGAGUUUCCCUGGGGACCCCAUUCAUAGAUUUCACAAUGACUUUGAGCGACCAUCCUCAUCAAGAGUGUCACGCAAUCUCUUUGGAGCAAAUUAUGGGUAUCGACAACAAUUCUUUGGGCCUUGUCCUCGAACCACCUCUGACCUCAACUUGCAGGAUCCUGGAGGUCCACAGAUUGGACAGUAUAUGGGUAGGUAUGGAAUAACAGUUGAGGAUGAAGAUCAGUUUUGCUCAACCUGUUCCUCUUCAUCAGAGGUGUCAGAGGAUGAUGGUUACCUUCUGGGUGAAGUCAUCCCACGUCCAGUGCAGCUGCGAUACUUUGACAACGAGGAAUUACGACAUCGUUAUAGUCCUACAGUGAUGGGUGGUCACACUCAACUACAUACACGCAAACGGCGGAAGAGCAAGAACUGCUUCAUAUCAUAA